AUGGAGCACUACCCAGAUCAGAAUUGUGAUGGCAUUGAACUGCUCGAUUGGCUGUUUGACCAAAAAGAUGGAAUUCUCCGUCAUGUGGAAACGGGACGCCAUGGCAAUCAUCACACCUGGCCAGUCCAGGACGCAGAUAUGCUGCAGCCUGCUGAACAGGCAGAUGAUGACUUCAUCAAUGCCCUCCUGAGUGGAAAGGAUUCUGUGUCAGACUCGCCUCUCUGGUCCCCUUCACCCAGCGACAGUGGGAUCAGUGAGGACCCCCCCUCAGACCAGAUGGACAGCCCUCAGCGCCCCGAGAGCCCCCCUGGGGACGCUCAGUAUUUUGUUACGAGGCCACAAACCAAGGCAGACCUUGAAGCCAUUGUCACGAUUGAUCUGAAUGGCUGCGAGCCUGGAUUCCCAACGGGCAGGACGAGGAUUACACAAUAUCCUUCUGAUGUACACAGGUCGCAGCUGUCCUCUGGUUUCCCGCUAACUGUCAAAGAUCUGCUGCUGUCGGGUACACCAGAGCCCGCCCCACACCCAUCCCAACAGUCCAUUCAAGAGUUGAUUCUCAAUGAAGAUGAGAAGAAGCUUUUGGCAAAGGAGGGGGUGACUCUACCCAACCAACUCCCUCUCACAAAGUACGAAGAAAGGAUACUGAAGAAAAUACGCAGGAAGAUUCGCAACAAGCAGUCUGCUCAGGAGAGCAGGAAGAAGAAGAAGGAGUACAUCGAUGGGCUGGAGUGCAGGAUGGCUGCCUGUAAUGCACACAACCAGGAGCUGCAGAGGAAGGUGUCCCAGCUGCAGAAAUGCAACAUGACACUGAUGGAACAGUUGCGCAGGCUGCAGGCUAUGGUCAUGAAUUCAUCUAACAAGCCAGCCCAGACGGGGACAUGUGUUUUGGUGCUUCUGCUGUCCUUCUCACUAAUCCUGUUCCCCAACCUGAAGCCCUUCUCUGAUACAAAGGUCAGCCAAGAAGACUUCAGUCCAGUCAGAAUCCAGUCACGGUCCCUGCAGAACAUACAGGCUUCCCGUGUGCUGCAUGUCGUUGAAUCCCCAUUCUCUGCUGAGGAUCAGUCAGAGCCUCUGCAACGGCAUCCCACAGAAGACCGGGGUUUGGAAGAUAUUACUGCCAUGAUGGGAAAGCUGGACGUGAACCAAGACCAGUCCAAUUUGGAAGCCAUGUCUCAAAACAGCAGUCAGGAAGAAAGAACGGGUCAUUUCCAUGUAGACCCCAUUACUGGUCACAUAGCUACUUUGACCUUGGAUCCCCACCGCUCUGCCCGGCUGCGACCACACGCUGAUGACAUGUAAAAGAAAUGAAUAAAUGAUCCCUACAUGAAUUCCCUAAAUCCUCUUCCUAAUAGUAGAGCAGGGAAUUAUCAGCUGCUGUUUACACAGACAGGGAAAUUAGGUUUUAAUCAUCCCUGUUUUGUCUUUAAUAUAUAUAUUCAGUCUGUCUUUUAGUUAUUUGUGAUACAGUUUUAUAUUAGUAAAUAGAUUUGAAUCUUACAAUGAAAUUGCAUGUCAAAAUGAACUUUGUAUCCUUCGGCUUUGAUAAAAUGCCAGUAUAAAUAUAAGUGUUUAUCAAAAAAACUGACAGAGCUGUGAAGUUGUGUAACGUUUGGAUCUUGAUGGAUAAUUUGUAAAAUGUUGAAGGAUUUUAUUGAAGAAUUAAUUAGAACUGUUUGGAUUAAUUCCAGGAUAAAACUCUCCUCAAAUAAAACAUGUCAAAAUGA